AUGACCAACACCAGCCACUGGCGAGCCUCUGCGACUGUCGACGCCACUCCUGUGCUCAGCUUUGUCGACGGCACGUCGCGAUUCCAGCAAUCCUUCAACCCGGCUUGGGUGGCGCCAUCGGCCUCCACACGCUGGACGUCCGGCCUCCUCGUGCGCAGCCAAAACUGCUCUGCGGUCGCUGGCGGUCGGUGCGUGGCGUGCGCUGGCAGCGGGCCGCGAAACGCGUCGGCCCUCUCAUUUUCCGCGCUCCUUAGCGACGACAACCACACCAGCAGCGCGCCCGUCUUCGCCAAGCUUUCGGACGUCGUGUUUGCGCCGCACGAUGCAGCGGACGAACGAGGUACGGAGGAUCCCAGGCUGGCCUACGACGAUCGCACUGGGAUGUACUAUAUGUUCUACACGGCCUGGUCGGCAUCGAGCUGGACGCGGCAUGGCACGGUCUUUGAGGGUCCGCACAAGAGCGCGGCGCUGCUGAUCCGCGCCGCGCCGCCGCACUACUUGUUUUACGGCGCGGGGGAGAUCCGCGUCUCCCGCUCGAGCGACCUGCUUCGCUGGCAGCCCGGCGAGCCGUUUCUCCGCGGGACCGCGUGGGGCAACGCGAACGUCGAGGCUGGCCCGCCGCCGCUGCGGCUCGCGGACGGCAACUACGUCUUCUUCUUCAACUCGUGGAAGGCAGCGGGUAGCGCCUACCAGCCGGCGUGGGCCGUCCUCGACGGCGACGACCCGACACGCGUGCUCGCCAGCGCGGCGUCACCUCUCUGGUCGCCGGCUUCGCUGCCUUGGAUGGCGGGAGCCAAGCCGUACACGUGCAACAUGCCGCAGGUCGCUUUUGUCGAGGCGGCGCACGCAAUCGGCCACGAUCGGUUCAGGCUGUACUUUGGCGGGGCGGACGCGGUCGUCGGGAGCGCCGUGUACAUGACGGGGUAG